AUGCGACAGUAUCGCACAUCUAGCAAGGGGCCACAUUGCGCAUUCCUUCCCCUUGGCGGCAGAUGCCCACCCUCCUACUAUAAUGAUUUCCCUAAGCGUCACAACUGUACCCAAAGAUAUGGGCGAGAAAGCAUCGACGAUAAUAUCGCUACUCUACAGGCUCUGGGUGAAGCAGCGGAUGCGCCGCAGUAUGAUGCUGAGAUGCUAGGAGAAGCCUUUACAUCCGGCGCAAACGAGCAUAUGGUGGAGCAAAUCGGGAGUCGUUUGACUAAGUUGAAAACUUUAGAAAGCAGGCUCGGUGUCAAUGCGUACCCAGAGGUUUCAGCCGAUGCGGUGACCGACAUGGACAACAUUGCCCUUAUUAUUUCAAACCAUAGGGAUCUCAAGAAUAACGAGGAAUUGGAAUCUGUAAGUUAUCACAUAUACGGCCGUAUCAAGGCGAUGCGUUUCGAUGGGAUGUUUGUGGUUAUCGAGGACGUGAAGGGUAACGAGUUGCAGGUUAUGUUCCGUCGUAAGCAGACCAUCGAGGUCGCCAACAAAACUUACGAUUCCGAACGCAUCGGCCAUAUUUUAGACAUUGGUGAUAUAAUUGAUGUACGUGGUCAUAUAAAGAGGACCUCGACCGGCGAGCUUACUUUGGUGGGCCGUUCCGUGGCUAUGCUUGCAAAGUGUCUUUUGCCGAUGCCUGAUGGGUUCCAUGGUCUUAAGGAUAUCACAACACGGCAGAGAUUACGUCAUGUAGACAUCAUGACAAACCGAGAUUCGAAGAAUCUGUUAUUACAGCGUUCCCAUAUAAUUUGGCACCUGCGCAAGUUUCUACAUGAUAGGGGUUUUGUUGAGGUCGAAACUCCCAUCCUUCAGCAUUUAUACAGCGGUGCACAUGCUACCCCUUUCAAGACACAUUCCGAGGCCCUUGGAGAUGACCUUUAUCUGCGCAUUGCACCCGAAUUCUACCUCAAAAGGCUGAUCGCUGGUGGUUUCGCUGAUAAGAUUUUCGAGAUUGGCAAAUGUUUCCGUAACGAGGGUACAAGCACUCGUCACUCUCCUGAGUUUACUAUGAUAGAGUUAUAUCAACAGCUGUCCAAUGCUGAAGACAUGAUGCGUUUAAUGGAGGAUAUCGUCGUGACCCUGUCUGAGGGAUUGGGCACUUCCAUCCCCAAGUUCACUAGGAGGACUAUGAACGAGUUAAUAAGGGAGCACACUGGGAUAGACGUUGAAGGUUGUAGUAGUGAAGACCUUUUGUCAAUAUUAAAUGACCGUGGUGUUGACACUACGCCUUUGUCUGCUAUGACUCGUGGUAAUUUGGUAUGUGCGUUGUUCAAAGAUGCAGUUGAGGAUCAUAUUACGGAACCGACUCACGUUACGGAUUUUCCUGCCGAUUCUUCACCACUCGCUGCUGCAGUAGGCUCGCAUGGCCGCGUAUUUGAGUCAUACAUUGCAGGUCUAGAGGUUGCUCAUGGCUGCACCGAGGAGUGUAACCCUGUUGAGCUUUUGCGCAAGCUGGACGGCUGUGGUCUUGAGGGUUUGGGUCAUGCGCGUGAUACUGAGUUUCUAAACGCUGUUGCUUACGGCCUAACUCCCACGGCAGGUCUUGGUAUUGGCAUUGACCGUCUUGUGAUGGCGUUAACUGGCGCGUCUAGUAUAAAGAAUACUCAGACGUUUCCGUUAUUGAAAACUGUAGAAUAA